UAGAGCUAAGAAAUAUCCCAACCUUCAGCUCUCAGAGCUGGGGCAAGAUGUGGAGUGUAACCCAUCUGUUGGCUUGAUUUGUUUGAACAAAAACCAGGGUCUGCAGAAACAGUGCUUUGACUAUGAGAUAAGGGUGAAAUGUUGCACCUGUCCUCCAUCAACUACCUCAACAGCCACCACCGUACCCACAACUCCGUCAACAACAACGACAGUGACCACAACUCCAUCAACAACCACUGUGACCACAAGUCCAUCAACAACAACCACUGUAACCACAACACCUCCACCAACAACAACUUUACCCAUUGUAACCAAAACAAUCCCUACAACUACCAUUCCCCAUCCCAUUCCCCAGUGCAUGUGCAAAUACAAUGGGACAUCAUUUCCACAAGGUUCGGAGAUCUACAACGUCACCGACCAUGCUGGGUUUUGUUUCACGGCUUUCUGCAAUGAAACUUGUGGAAUAGUCAAAAAUUUUGGUCCAUGUUACACCACAGUAACUCCCUCUGUAACUCCAUCCACUUCAACUUCACCAUCCACUUCAACGUCACCAUCCACUUCAACAUCACCAUCAUCAACAACUCAAAUUGAUUGUGACCAAUACCAUCCACCAAAAAAGAGUGGUGAAUCAUGGAGGUAUGACAACUGCACCAUAGCGACCUGCUACAGUGGGUCAGUUACCUUGAAGCCAGUGCAGUGUGAUCCUGUGAAGCCAAUUGUUUGUGAAAAUAACCUUCCUCCUGUGAAGGUCUAUGAUGAGUCUGGAUGUUGCUAUCAAUACCAAUGUCAAUGUGUCUGCUAUGGAUGGGGAGAUCCUCAUUAUGUAACUUUUGAUGGGACUUACUACGCUUUCCAAGGAGACUGUUCUUAUGUCUUGGUCAAAGAGAUACACCCAAAAUACAACUUCAGUGUUGUCAUUGACAACUACAUGUGCGAUUCCCCUGAUGGUUUGUCCUGCCCCCAGUCCCUAACAGUGUAUUACCAAUCCUAUGAGAUCUUUAUGACCCAGAAGGACAUUCAUGGAGUGUUCACAAACUUGAUUUAUAUCAACGGCAAACAAAUCAUCCCUGCCUAUGAAAACAAAGACUUCAGGAUCUCAGACAACGGAAUUGAAACACUCUUAGUCAUACCUGCCAUAGAUGCACGUGUUUCCUUCAGAGGCCUCAUGUUCAGCAUUUACCUGCCCUACUCUAAAUUCUACAACAACACAGAGGGGCAGUGUGGAACCUGUGACAACAACCGCAAGGAUGACUGUCGUUUACCCAGUGGGAAAAUAGACAAAUCCUGUCCAGAUAUGGCGAACCAUUGGAAUGUUACAGGGAAGAAUGACAGUCACUGUGGGCAACAACAACCAACACCAAGCCCAUCGCCCAAACCAUGUCAAACCCAUCCAGCCAUCUGUAAAGUCAUCGAGAAUGAGAUAUUUGAAGAGUGCCACAAGGUCAUCCCCUAUGAGCCAUUUGUGAUAGCUUGUGAGUUUGAUGUCUGCCACAUGCCAGACAGCCAUAUUGGCUGUACAAGUGUGCAGAUAUAUGCAGCUACUUGUUCCAUGGCAGGAAUCUGUAUCGACUGGAGAAACUCCACAGGUGGAGAGUGCGACUACACAUGUGAAGAACCUAAAGUUUAUGAGCCAUGUGGUCCUCUGAUAGAGCCAACCUGUGAUGUCAGGUACAAUACAAAAUUCAUCAAGGAGGUGAACCAGUUCAGCGUGAUGGGAAAUAUCCUUACAGAAGGAUGUUUCUGUCCUCCUGGAACGACCCUUUUGAGCUCUGACUCUGAUGAGUGUGUCUCCUUCGACUGUGAAUACUGCCUGUUACCAAAUGGAAAGCCGAAAAGGGCCGGUGAGACCUGGACAAGUGACUGCCAGAACUGUGUGUGCGACACUGACACUCUGCACAUCCUCUGCACGCCGGUGGAUUGUCCACCUCAGCCACCUGUUACCUGCGACGAAGUGGGACAAAUAGUGGUCAUCGAGACAAAGGGUUGCUGCCAGAAGACCGUAUGCGCAUGCCAAAACAAUAGCAUCUGUCCUGCGAAACACACCUGUGAGCCUGGAUACACACUAGAAGUGACCAUGGGCGCCUGCUGCCCUAAAUAUACAUGCCUACCCAAAGCCGUCUGUGUCUCCAAUGGCACGGAAUAUAAGCCAGGAGACAUUGUUCCCAAAGCCAAGUGUGAACAGUGUAUUUGCAGCCAUGAGGUGGAUUCAAACACCCAUCUGCACAGCAUUAAAUGUACACCAACACCCUGCGACACUCACUGUCCGCUGGGCUUUGAGCACCAACCUGUACCUGGGCAGUGCUGUGGAAAGUGUGUGCAGACCAGCUGUGUUAUUAUCCUGCCUGACCAAACUGUGCACACUGUAAAGCCUGGUUCCACCUGGUCGGCCCCUGGUAAUAAGUGUGUGAAAUAUGAGUGCAUAAAGAUAGAAAAUCAACUUAUAUCCAUGGAGUCCAAGAUUGUCUGCCCUGAGUUCAAUCCGGAAGACUGCAUUCCAGGAACUGAAGUUAUUGCGCCAGAUGGCUGCUGUCAUGUCUGUAUUAAAAAAUGGCAGCCAUGUAACGUGACAAGGACUGUUUCCCACCUGGUCAGUGAUGGCUGCCAAUCUGUGAAGCCAGUAGAAAUGACGACUUGUGCCGGCUCAUGUGAGACCUCCUCCAUGUACUCCUUCCAAGCCAAAAUGGUGCAGCGAUCCUGUUCUUGCUGCCAAGAAACAGCUGUCAGUAAGAAGCAGGUGGAGAUGGUCUGCCCUGAUGGGUCGAAGUUCAAACACUCCUACGUGUAUAUCGAACAGUGCGGCUGCCUCCGAACCGAGUGCACGACGGAAGAGACAAAAGCCCAAGCCCAAGCCCAAGCCCAAGCCCAAGAGAAAGCAAAACUGCACCGCAGGAGACGAUGAAGGAGAGACGGCGACAAUGACGCGUCGUCCGUUUGAAUCUAUUCUUUAUUUAUGUUUUUCAUUUAAAGUCUGA